UGUCUUGUUGAGUCUAAGACACAUGAUGAUGAUUCCACCAUUCAAGUCUACGUCAGAGCUAUAGGAUCCAAGCCAGAGGUUUCCAUUGAGGGACAGAAAGAAGGAGGGAUGGCUCUGCUGUGUGUAACUAAAGGCUGGUUCCCUGAGCCUGAGUUGGAGUGGCUGGACAGUGAAGAGGUCACUCUAUCUGCUGGACUCAGAGACUAUGAGGGAUUCUACGUAGUCAAACUAAAGACUAUCAUAAAGGAGACUGACAUCAACCGCUUUACCUGUAGAGUCAGACAGAGCCAGCUCCAUGAGGUGAUUAAAAUGGAGACAAAGUUUCACAUCCCUAGUGAGUAACAUAAUAUUAUUGUUUA